AUGGAUUUGGUCGAACUUUCAGAAGAGACUGUUUCCUCUUUUCAGGUGGAUCAAUAUUCACCAGAAAUUCAAGAGUCUCAUGACCUUUUCUACACUAUUGCCAUCUUCUUCUUCUCGACUCUUCCGAGCUGGUUCUUUUCUCUUACAUACUCAAUAUCUGCAUGGAUCCUCACUAUUCUCUCUUGGUCCUUCACUCUUCAACUAAACUUUCCUACUGUGGUUGUACUGUUUUUACUCCUUCUCACCGGGAUUCGCCUUCUGACUACAUAUUCCCGCUUGCCAACAGUUGCCCCUACAAAUCAAGGAGGAGGCUUCGAUCUCCACCCAGAUGUCGUAGACGGACAUGAGGCAUCAAUAAAAAAUUGUCCUGAUAAAUUCUUGAGUAUGUUUUUAGAGGGUAUAAAAGUGUUUGGGUAUUUGGAGGAACCGGUAUUUCAUGAGUUGGCUAGACAUCUGCAGACAAAAAGGUUGUUAGCUGAAGAUACAUUAGAUCUAGAGAAGGAGAGGAGUUUCUAUACUGUAAUUGACGGGCGUGUACAGGUAUUCGUCAAGGUUGGAAAUGAAAAGAUUAUCAAUGCGGAUCCAUUCGAGAGCGAUGAUAUGAAUGGAGGAUAUCAAUUACUGAAUGAAGUUGAAAGUGGAGGGACCUUAUCCAGUUUAUUUACGAUAUUAUCGUUGUUUACUGAUGAUGUUGAGUUACGAUAUAGCGAAGAUCAACAGAAUAGCGAAAAGGAAAAUAAAGGAAAAGCCAGUGAGACAACAUCCAUGUCUUCGUCGCCAAAUGGAUCAGGCCAAGAAGCUUGGUCCAAUGUCUUAACACAUUUAGAUAAUCAAAUCUACCCAGAUGAAAAUUAUCGCACAGGCGAGAAAAAUAAUUUAUUUCCAUCAAUUGGCUCAUCUACUACUAAACCGCAAAAAAAUACAUCAUUCGAGAAAGACAAGAGUCUUAAUAAAUCAGUUCAUCCGAACAUUAUCGCACGUGCGACUGAUGAUGCUACUCUGGUUGUUAUUCCUGUCGAGGCUUUCCACCGACUUACUGAAAAGUUUCCGAAUGCAGUCGCACAUAUUGUGCAAGUGAUUCUCACGCGUUUUCAACGCGUCACUUUCUGGACAGGAUAUAAAUAUCUUGGAUUGACUAAAGACCUUUUAAGAACAGAGAAAGCAAUGAAUGACAUUGCCAGUUAUGGUUUACCGGCAAACUUUUUCCGACCUGGAAGCAUGGAAAGAUUGCGCCGAAAGUUUGUUAACGAAGGCAAGAAGAAUCUUAAAGAUGAUGCAGUGCUUAGUGAUCGUAGAUUUAUGAAAAAGGUUAGGCCUUACUCUCGCCCAGGGCAAGAUUUAGCAUAUGGAAGUGAUAUCGAAUUUACUCCCGCACCACGGAUUCGCCCAUCCUUUGUAGAUGAACCGCGAAUUUAUUUACAGGAAAAUUAUCUCAACGCACAGAAUAAAACCUUGAAGCCUGCACAAAUCAUGCCUAACAAGGAUUUUGAUGCAGAAGAUGAGAUGCAUCUCCAAGAAUCUGUUUAUGAAGGCAUUGCAAAAGGCAUUGGCCUGCUACGACCAGCGGACAAAGCAAAGCCAGGACAUUCUGAGACUGGAAUACGCACACAUUAUUACUUUGAUCCAAUAUCUACAGCUCCCUAUCAUUUAUUUAGUAGCAGCCCAUAUAGUAGCACGACAACGUUGACGGAUAUCCUGGAUGAUGACUCAGUCACUGAUACAACAUCAGGUACCAGCGAAUUUGAUAGUGAUGUAAAGAUAUUAUUUUAUUCAAAAGGCAGCCUUCUUAUUAAGGAAGGAGAGCGUGACGUUGGACUGUUCUUUGUGAUCGAUGGGUUGCUAGAUGUAUCUGUCUCUUCUGUGGAUAAAAAUUUCUUGGGAACAGAUAUGCCAUCAACGCCAACGAAGAAACCCAAAGAUAAUGAAUCUAAGAAACCACCAAACAAAAGAAGGGACUCGCUUAAUAAUGCAUCAAAGCAAACGAAUGAUAAAAGUCUUUUUAUGAUCAAGCCAGGUGGUAUUGCUGGAUAUCUUGCUGCAUUGACUGGUUUUCCAUCAUUUGUAAAUAUUCGCGCCAGCACGGAUACUUGUGUUGGUUAUCUACCAAAGGCGGCAUUAAGCAGGCUAAUGGAAAAGAACCCCAACAUUCUUCUUACACUCGCCAAGCGAUUGAUUGGUUUAUUGUCACCAUUAGUUCUUCAUAUCGACUUCGCAAUGGACUGGAUGCAGGUCAACGCUGGACAAGUGUUAUUCCGUAAAGGAGAUCCUAGUGACUCUAUUUACAUUGUUCUUAAUGGACGUGUGCGUGCAAUUAACGAAAGCGUGGAUGGAACUAUCGACAUUAUUGCAGAAUACGGUCAGGGACAGAGCAUUGGAGAAUUAGAAGUCAUAACCAACACUCCACGCCCGUAUACUCUCCACGCAAUCCGCGAUACCGAACUUGCACGCAUGCCUCGCACUCUUUUUAACGCUCUUGCUCUUCGUCACCCUGAAAUUACUCUACAUAUCUCUCGCCUCAUUGCCUCACGUACUCGUCUUGAACAAGAUCGCGAGUAUAAUAACCGCGGCAAUGCAAGUUCGGAAUUUGGAAAGAACAACACCAACCUUAAAACAGUUGGCAUACUUCCUAUCAAUACUGGAGUUCCUAUAACUCAAUUUGCGGACAAAUUAAAGAAUGCAUUAGAGAUGGCGGGGGAGACUACUAUUUUGUUAAACCAAGCUUCUGUUACAUCUGCCUUAGGAAAACAUGCAUUCAGUAAGAUGGGUAGGUUGAAAUUGAUAAGCUGGCUUGCUGAACAAGAGGAGAAGGCGAGGAUAGUGCUUUAUUUGGCGGAUGGAGGAGUUAAUUCUUCGUGGAUGCAAAAGUGUAUCCGACAGGCGGAUUGUAUUCUUCUCGUUGCGCUUGGUGAUGGCGAUCCUUCUAUUGGCAAAUACGAGCGAUUGUUAAUCGGUGCCAAGACAACUGCUCGAAAAGAGCUAGUUCUUCUUCAUUCUGAUCGAUCUUGUUCGCCUGGUACUACUCGUCAAUGGUUGAAGGAUCGUUUGUGGAUACACGCGCAUCAUCAUGUUCAAAUGCCUCUCGAGAAACCAACGAUACUGGAACAGACACCUAAAAGUCCUUUAAUGAACAUCAGAGAUCAUAUAUCCAACUAUUAUCCUCGUAUUCCUCCGCAAAGAUCGACAACUUUCAGCGGGAAUCGUAGUGAUUUUUCUAGACUUGCCCGACGUUUAUGUGGGAAGUCGGUGGGAUUGGUGUUGGGUGGUGGUGGUGCGCGAGGUUGUGCACAUAUUGGUGUGCUUCGUGCAUUAGAAGAAGCAGGAAUUCCAAUUGAUAUGGUGGGUGGUGUCAGUAUUGGAUCAUACGUGGGAGGUCUAUAUGCUAGGGUACCAGAUCAUGUCGCUAUAAUUGGACGAGCUAAAGCAUUUUGUGGGAGAAUGUCUAGUAAAUGGCGCCAGAUAUUUGAUUUGACAUAUCCACUGACGGCUUGGUUUUCAGGACAUGAAUUUAAUCGAACUAUAUGGAAGUCUUUCUUUGAUACUCAAAUAGAAGACAUGUGGUUAUCAUACUUUGCGGUUACAACAAAUCUAACGUGGUCCAGAAUGGAAGUUCAUCAGAGUGGGUCUGCUUGGAGAUAUAUAAGAGCAUCCAUGUCAUUAGCAGCUUUUCUUCCACCAUUAUGUGAGAAUGGUGAUUUAUUGCUGGAUGGAGGAUACAUGGAUAAUCUGCCGGUUUCAGUGAUGAAGUCGAUGGGGGCAAAGACAAUAUUUGCCGUUGACGUCGCUGCUCACGAUGACACCUCUCCCGUUUAUUACGGAGACUCUAUCUCCGGCUGGUGGGUCUUAUUUAAUAGAUGGAACCCAUUCCGUCGCGGAGCCAAGAUCCCUACUAUGACAGACAUUCAGUCACGCUUGACAUAUGUAUCAAGCGCUAGAACUCUGGAAUUAGCAAAGAAAACACCCAACUGUUUCUUCAUGGAAUUGCCUGUACAACAAUAUGGUACUCUGGAAUUUAAUAGAUUUGAGGAAAUAGUGGAAGUGGGUUACAAGGCGGGAAAGGAAAUGUUGAACAAAUGGAAGAAAGAGGGAAAGUUGAAAGAUUUGUUCGACAAGGGAGAUGCAGAAACUAAAAGAGGGCGUAUUCGCCGACGUAAUAGUGUCUAA